AUGAAAGUAGUUGAUCUUAUUAACGAUAAAAAAGAAGAUGAAAUGAUUCAAUUGAUUGUUCAAGCAAUGAAAAAACUCCAUGACCCAUUUGAAGAAAAGUAUAUCACAAAACGAGAUGAAAUUAUUCAAUCAUUAAAACAACUCGAUGGAUUACUUGUCUCACAAGAAAUAGCACAAAAAAGAGUUCCUCUUAUGACAAUAAAACAAGUUGAAGAAAAAGAAAAAGAGUUAAAUUCACUCCAAAUAGAAGAAAAGAAAAUAGAAAAGACAAAAGAGGAAAUCAAAAUAAAAGAAGAACAACUAUUAAAAAUAAAAAAGGAGUUUAGUGAAAAACAAAUAAAAUGUGAGGAAUUAUCCAAACGACAACAAGAACAUCAGGACACAAUCAAGUCAAUUAAAAAUUAUACGUUAGAUGAUAUUAACAAUAAGAAAUUAGAACAAGAUGAUAAAGAAAUUGAGCUUGUUGAAGUUAAAAAGAAAGUAAAAGAAACAAAGGCAUCAUUAGAACAAAAAAAACAAGAGAAUCAAAAGCUUAAAAAUGAGAGAGAUGAGUUAUUAAAGAAGAUUGAAGAAAUAGAAAUAAUCAACACAAAUGGAGAAACUAAAAUAAAGGAAUUAGAAGAUGAAAUUAAAAAAUUAAAUGAUUUUAUUCAAACAAGAAAAAGAGAAUUAGAAAUGGAAGCUACUGCACUUGAAAGAAAAGGAAGGGAUUUAGAAAAAGAAACUGAUGAAAUUCAAAAACAAAUUAUUGAAUCAUGUAAUGCUCUUGGAAUUGAAGUUAAUCCUCUUGAAAUAGAAAAUAAUCUUGAUUAUCAACAAGUUGAUGACAUUGAAUCACCAAUAGAAGAUGAUGGACUUUUGUUUUAA